GAGCCUUACUGCUGCUUUCGCCGUCAAUGGGAUGACGUCUGGUGUAUCAUAACUGCGAAAAUGCUAUCUAGGAUGUCUCUCAGUGAACGAGCCGUUCCCAUUUCAGCGCUUGCUAGGCAAUGUUUCAUCUCAUUCGAACGGUGUCUUCGAGGCACUUCGGCUAUCGACCCCCAACGAUAUUCGACUGUCGAGGAUCAAAUGGCACGUUUCUCCAUCUGGACUUCCAAUAUGGCGGUUUUCGCCAAUGGAAAAGCAUGCAUAAACCAUCGUGUCCGAGAAGCGCCCGAAAUUCUGCGAUUAAUUCUGGGAAUAUUAGAAGUUCUCCAAGGACGAUUAGAAGAGUAUCCAUCUCAUCGAACGUCUCACAGCUACGGAUGUCUCCAUCGAGAAGAGAUUCUCAGCCCUGGCUCUGGGCGAUUUUGAGCGGAAUGCUAGCGCAAUAGGCUCUCAAGUUGAUCUACUUCAUGACCUAUCAAAAUACUAUUCGCAAAGCAAGCAAGGAAUCACAAAAUAUUAGGGCGAACACUUCCUUCCGGAUAAAGGAUGAAGAGGGAAAUGACAUGGAGGAUAUUCUAAAAACAUAUUUUACCAAUAAUAUCCGGGACUGCUUCCCGGAAAGUACUGAUUCGAUCCAGGACCGACUUGCCGCCACGAUGAUAUUAAGGCGGAAGAGGAUACUUUACAGGCGUUCUCGCUAUGCAAUGAAUCCUAUCAGGCCAAGC